AUGGGUUGGCCCUACCACUUCAUCGACCUGUCCAAGGAAGAGGUCCAGAUCCGAAGACAGACCCUAGAUCGCUAUGGCAGCUACGCUCAAUACUCAGCACUGACACCGAUCAUCAUUGCUUUACUAGUUCGACUCGGGGCAUAUCUCAGUCAACGCUGGCAGUCGGGAGCCUCCUAUGCUGCCGUCCCAGGCUCUCCUGAGCUGAAGUCGAGGAGACAGAACUGGGGCCGCAGCUGGGAGGCCACGAUCAGGAAGUGGAACUGGUGGCUGGCCGAUGAUGUCUACUUCAUGGGGCAGCAUUGGGGUCAGAAGGACCAAUGGGUCUUUGGUCUGGCCUGGGCAUCCUGGCUGCUGGUUCUGAGCGUGUUGGAGACGGGCGACGAUUACCUCCAUCUCACGAAACGCUUCGGCAUCAUCGCCGUAUCCCAGAUCCCCUUUCAGUACUUGCUGGCAUUGAAGAGCUUCAGCCCCAUCGCCAAGGCCUUUCGCACAUCUCACGAGGAGUUGAACAAAUGGCACCGCGUUCUCUCACGCGUGACGCUAUCCCUCCUCGUCCUCCACGCUGUGUUUUACCUGAAUUUCUUCGUAGCCAAAGGCAUUGUCCAGAAACGCCUUUUCGCACCCGUCGUCUUCGCCGGUGUCGUUGCGUUUGCAACCAUGAACAUGAUGACUUCAACUGCAGCUGCCACCGUUCGCAGAUACUCGUACCGUGUCUUUUUCAUCACUCAUCUCAUUGGCGCUUUCGCUAUACCGGUCCUGGUGUUCUUCCACGCCAAGCCGGCUCGGCUAUUCAUGGUCAAGGCUAUCAUAGUCUUCCUCAUCGACCUUACCGUCCGUCGUCUGCGGACCGUGAUGGCUCUCUCAAAGGUUGAGAUCAUCCCUGGCACAAAUCUGAUCAAGAUAUCUGCUUCAAUUCCUCAGCACAAGAUCAAUGCUUUCCACACGCGCCCAGGCUCCCACAUUUACCUUAGCGUCCCCGCCGCAGUACGACCUGGAGCUGGGCCUACAUCUCCUGACGCAAUGCUCUUUGAGUUUCUCUUCAACCCUUUCACCGUUGCGUCUGUUGACGAGGGUAACGGCGACCUCACCCUGGUAGCUCGUCAGCUCGAUGGCCCGCUCACACGACAUCUCGGCCGCUUCGCAAACGCGGGCACCGGCAUCGAGGACGGCAAGGUGCCACUCUGCAUCGAGGGCCCCUACGGUGCCGCAUCCCUCCACUUUGACAAACUCAUCAGCUCCUCUGUCGACCGCGUACUGUUGGUGGCCGGUGGCGUGGGCGCAACCUUCACCGUACCCAUCUACCACGCUAUCCUCCAGGACAAUCCCAGCGCCAAAGUCGAACUCGUCUGGUCCGUCCGCGGGGCCGGCGACGCAGCCUGGGCCAUGGCCGCCGACAAGUCCGCCUCCAAGAGCGUUCUCGACGACCCCAACAUACGCAUCUUCCUCACGGGCGAGGCGCUCAACUCGGACUCGACCGGUCCCAUGACCAGGCUUCCCGCCGAGGCGAACGCGGAGGGUGAAAUAGAAAUGAGCGCCCUGCCCCGCGACCGAAGGCGGAAUCGCCUCACGAGCGAGAGCCACCGCAAGCGCCCAGACCUAGGCAAGAUCGUUGACGACUUUUUCAGGCAGGGGGCCGAGGAAAGGGUUGCGGUGCUGGUGUGCGGGCCGGCGGAGAUGGGACGGGAGGUGCGGGAGUACGUUGGCGCGUGGGUCAUGAGGGGCCGGGAGGUGGUGUGGCACAACGAGGCAUUUGGCUGGUGA